UUCAAACUCUCCCAGAAUCUCCUUUUCAUCAUCGAAUCGCACGUGUUUCCAGUUCCGAUUAUUUUUGGCCCGUUCGAACGCCUUAAGGACUAAGCAAUGCCUCUCUCUCUCGCGCGCGCGCGCGCACACACGCACACAUUCAAAGCCUCGGCUUCCAGCUUAAUAUAUAAAUCGGUGCUUGGAGGAACAAACCAGCGAUUACCAGCUUGAAAGAAGCUAAAGAAUCCCGGGGUGACCAUUAAGUCCGGUGCUUUAUUCCUCUUGUUGUCAUUGCUUCGGGCUCAAUCAAUCAAUCCCGUGGAACUGUGUCGUACCACAAUCAGCGGCGAAGGAAGCAGUAGGGAGAGAGAGAGAGAGAGCUAAUAGCCAUCGUUCCACGUUUGAUCGGUCCACCUGACUUCAUCCCACUCCGACAUGCCCUCUUCUUCUCCCCGCCCACUCGUCCUCGCGGACCCCUUAUUCCACUCCGCAGCCGCAUCGCAAGCUCUCAGGCCGCUCAAUAGACUCAACAGCCUCCUCCUACUCCUCUUCCCGCAACGCUAGUGCGAUUCUAUUCACAGUUUUUUCCUUCUUUCUUAAUUUCUUCUUCCACCAAUGGCAACCAUGGGCCUCAGCUCUACGCUGGUCGCUGGCGAUCGCGUCGACUGGUCGCAGGAUGGAGGCUCGGAGAUGCUGAAGCCAGGAAGCGAAGGUAGAGCCCAGGAGCAGCAGCAGCAGAGGCAGAAGACGGCGCCGCUGAGGUGCCCGAGAUGCGAGUCCGCGAACACCAAGUUCUGCUACUACAACAACUACAGCAAGUCGCAGCCGCGACACUUCUGCCGGGCCUGCCGCAGGCACUGGACCGAAGGCGGCACGCUUCGCAACGUCCCGGUCGGCGGCGGCCGCAAAAACAAGCGCGCCAAGACCGUGCACGACGCAUCCGCCUCGAUGGAUAAAGACGGUUUGGCUCGCCCGCAGCAACGGAAGCAAAUGGCACCGUUUGACGAUGGGGACGGCCAUGGCAGCAUCUUCCCCGGGAUUCUUCGCCAGGUGCUGCUCGACCCCCCGCCGCCACUGCCGCUGGAUUAUGGCAUCGACGGCGGCGGCGGCUUCUUUGCCGGGCCGGUGCUGUCGGACAUGCCGCCGUUCCUGCCCGAAGUCGCCCCGGGAGAAGCAGAGCUUAUGAGCUCUUCUGGCAACGUCGCCAAUCCUUUAUCUUCCAUCUCUUCUUCUUCCUGCUCCUCUCCCUACGAUUACACGAGAUUGGAUCCCAUUAUCGGUGAAGAUGACCUCGCCGCCUGGCAGGCGCCGACGAGCCAUUUGAGUUGUUGGGACGACAUAACGGACCUCGUCAACGCCGAGGAUUCUAUUCUCAGUACGUACCCAACCAUGAAGGGAGAGGUCUGAACAAGGAGCACGUCAGUUUGAUCGACCAACUCGUGGACUCGUCAAUUUACUACUGUGCUUCUUGAGAUUGCUGGUAUGCUUUAACUCGCUAUCUUGUAGAGACGAUCCUCUUGCCUUUCUGUUUGAGGCUGUACUUUUAACUCGCAGCUUCGGCCGUAGAUAUAUAGGAAGUGGUGAUUUGUUUUAGCUGUCGAAUGUAGUGGUUUUAAAAGGUCAGGAGACAAGGGUAAGUACAUCCAGGGUAUUCUCCUUCUCCGCUGCAAGUCAUUGUGUUUGAAUGGAUUUGUGAGUUUAUGUUCACCUAUAUAAUGGACUGCUUUGGGAUUAUAAAUCAGUUAUCGCACGGACUCUCAGCUGGCUGGGAUGAGAUUGUUUC